AUGGCCCAGGUGAGCCAGCAUUUCAUUAUCCGUUCGUUAUACGUGAACUUCGCGUGCAGACAGACAACAACAGACAGAGACGACUGUUGUGUCUAUACAAUUAACGAAAGAAAGACUCUUUUGCCAGAGACUCGGCACGGUCCGCCGUUGGCUGGCACUUUGACGUCAGUCGGGGCGGGCGAAGAGCACUCGCCUCCGAUAUAUAGACCUGGCUCUCAAGCUACUAUUCUUCAAAAGUUUCCAACAGCUGGUACUCUUGUCUUCUACGAGAGUUUGGACUUAGCACAAGACAAUGAAAAUAACAAUGUCGACCGUAUCGUUGGAAGGACAAUUCGUUCUAACAUUCGACCGUGUAUUGUUGAUAUCUCUCCUCACUUGAGCAGCUACGUGGUGUCUCAGUUCGUAAAACCGAAGCCUCCCCACCAAUACUGGGAAGAAGAAACCUCUCAGUCCCUGGUCCCAGAGAACCGAAACUGUCUCCUGUGCGAGAACCAAGACUCCGGGGCGUGUCGGGCGAUGCCUUCGUGCGUUUACUGCGAGCCCACGGUCACCGCGCUCUGCGAGAGGAGCACGCCGUGUUUGAGAUGCACAGUGAUCAAGAACCCGUUCUUCAAGUGUAUCCCGGGCGAGAAGUACAUGGACGAGUGCGACUCCUGCCGGUGCACCGACGGACACGGCGGAUGGUGCACAGACCAGUUCUGCGACUUCCGAGCCCUCCACAUCUACGCCAUCAAGCUCUCAGAUGGAGAGUUCUACUGA